CUUGGCGGUUUUGCUUGUACCUUCUAUAAAUUCAUUACCUCGAAAAUUUUUCACUUCAUCAUUUCUCUAAUUUCUGCUUAAUCUUUUGACGAAAAUCUCCACAGAUCCAUUUUAGAUUCAUCUAUGGCUCCAACAGCAGCAACAGCUUCAGAUUCAAUUAAGCCUAGAGAUGUUUGUGUUGUUGGUGUUGCACGCACUCCCAUGGGUGGAUUUCUCGGCUUACUGUCAUCUUUAUCUGCUACCAAGCUUGGAUCAAUAGCUAUAGAAGCUGCUCUUAAAAGGGCGAAUGUUGAUCCAUCCCUUGUGCAAGAAGUUUUCUUUGGCAAUGUACUCAGUGCAAAUCUGGGGCAGGCUCCAGCUAGACAGGCUGCACUAGGUGCAGGAAUUCCUAACUCAGUUGUCUGCACCACUGUGAACAAAGUUUGUGCAUCUGGGAUGAAAGCAACAAUGCUUGCCGCACAGAGCAUUCAGUUGGGCAUCAAUGACGUUGUUGUAGCUGGUGGCAUGGAGAACAUGUCUAAUGCACCUAAAUAUUUGGCAGAAGCAAGGAAAGGAUCUCGGCUUGGGCAUGAUACUCUUGUCGACGGAAUGAUGAAAGAUGGACUAUGGGAUGUUUAUAAUGAUUGUGGCAUGGGCAGCUGUGCUGAAUUAUGUGCUGAGAAACAUGUUAUUUCGAGGGAGGACCAGGAUAACUUCGCUAUUCAGAGCUUUGAGCGUGGUAUUGCUGCUCAGCAGGGUGAAGCCUUUGCAUGGGAAAUUGUGCCGGUUGAAGUUCCUGGGGGAAGGGGAAAGCCAUCCACCAUAGUUGACAAGGAUGAAGGUUUAGGAAAGUUUGAUGCUGCAAAAUUGAGGAAGCUGCGACCAAGUUUCAAGGAUAAUGGAGGCACUGUUACUGCUGGCAAUGCAUCCAGUAUAAGUGAUGGUGCUGCUGCUUUAAUCCUAGUGAGUGGAGAAAAGGCACUUAAGCUAGGACUACAGGUGAUCGCAAAGAUUACAGGAUAUGCAGAUGCUGCUCAGGCACCAGAGUUUUUCACAACAGCUCCAGCCCUUGCAAUACCCAAAGCCAUUUCAAAUGCUGGCUUGGAUGCUUCUCAAAUUGAUUACUAUGAAAUCAAUGAAGCCUUUGCUGUUGUGGCUCUUGCAAACCAGAAACUGCUUGACCUUAAUCCAGAGAAGGUUAAUGUGAAUGGUGGAGCUGUAUCCUUGGGACAUCCUUUGGGUUGCAGUGGAGCUCGUAUCUUGGUCACACUUUUGGGGGUAUUGAAGCAGAGAAAUGGGAAAUACGGAGUUGGUGGUGUUUGCAACGGAGGUGGAGGUGCAUCUGCACUUGUUGUGGAGCUUCUGUAAACGUUUUUUUAUGUUUGGGUUCGAUAUAUGAUGUUGCGACCAUAAUCGUGCAUGUGGUGGAAAAAUCCAUGGCGACAAAACACGGUUUCUUGUAGUGCAAUUUUAUCUCCUUUUUCUUUGUCUCAAUUUUUGGUUUAUUCUCAAAUAAGUUAAUAGUAAUCCUUAAUUAAGAAGAAAUGUAUGUCCAA